CCUAAAAUUGUUUCUAGACAAAGUGAUCCCCUGAUUGCUAGUAACGAAGACAAAGCUACGCUUAAUUGGACGCUUGGGCUGCUUCCCUCAGAGACGUGGAAUAGUAGCAUAUUUGAAGUGGUGUUUAGAAUCUGGAAAGAUCCAGGAUUUCUGAAAACAAAACUCUUGGUCAUCGAUAGACACGGUGAGGUAUUGAUAAGACCAAACUACGAAAAGAAAAUUAGCUACGACUUUAACAUGUCCAAGCUUCAAGUUGCAUUCACACUCUAUGGUUUAACCAUGAAGGAUGAGAAUCACUAUUGUCUUCAGGUUGAGCUUGGCCUUCAUCAGCCUCCUUUGACGGAUCCUGUGAUGCUUCUUCUUGAGGGUAAUAUAUUUGUUACAUUUCAUUUGUGGAGGAAUGCCACAGACCCGGAAGCGGGGGUACUUUGGCAAAUAUGUUCUGAGUAUGUGCCUCUGGCCACUCAGAGCCCCUUGCCCAUAGUCUUUCAGUGGCCAAUUAUGGACCCCUCUUAGCCACUUUUGAGAAAAUGUGAUGGCUUUCCUUCUUUGACUUUCACUUCUGAUUUAGAAAAACCUUAUUCUCAAAUAUCUCAACAGAUUCUCCUAAGAUAGCCAGUCCCAAACAGGAAAACGUUUCCGUAAACGUUGGGGACAGCUUGCGAAUAAACAGCCAAGCAAAGGGUCUUCCUGCACCAACCAUAACAUGGACGAAACAAGGGAGAAUUGUUGGUAAUGAUACAUUGGUUCUCAAUCGAGUAACGCCAAACGACAGCGGAGUCUGCCUGUGCAGCGCUCACAACCAGGCUGGUGAAGAUCAUAAGGAGAUUGUGGUUACGGUU